GGUAUCACACGAUACCCUUCCACAACACAGCGAUAAGUUUGAAAUCUUCCUGUACUGUAUAUCUCAAAAGCACAGCCGAAAGGGUCACAGCAAAACACGGAAGAUCGAAGUAAAACGGGGAGAAGGAAAGUUAACCGAAGCACAUAAUCACAAGUCAAGAAGGGUAUCAUUGUACGCAGGGGGGGAUCAAGCAACCAACACCGGACCCGAAACAUACCGUACAGUAGCUUUGGGCUAUCUGCUUUUGCUCCUGUGAACUUUUUAAAUUCCAUUUAUCGAGAGCAAUAGCAACUCCUGUCACAACCAAUAACAUACCACACCAAACAAAACGACAUUCUUGAUUGCCGGCCACAAUGUCCAGCAGCGAAAAAGCCGAUGGCGGCUGGAGCAUCUCCGCAACGGGGAAACGAGCGGCGAGCUUCAUCAGCGGAUUGUUCUUUGGGGCGCCCGGUGGGAAGGACGGCGACGAAAACCCGCAGCCUAGCAACAAGAGGCGCAAGACGACGACCACCACCAGCAGCGCGGAAAUGGACCUGGUCCUGGAAACCGUCCGGGAGCACACCGCCAGGGCCGAGGCGCGGGAGAAGGCCGCCGCGGCCCGGGCCGAAACGAUCGAGGCCCUGCUGGAGGCCGUCCUGGAGCGUCUAGAGCAGCGCAAAAGGCCGGCGGCCCGCGAAACCUUCUCGACCCCCCGCAAGCCGGCCAGGCCGCUGCCGCUGAACCCCAAUCCCCCGUCCGCCUCCGGGCAGAAGCUCUGGACGCAGCAGGAGCGGUCCAUCGUGGUAAAGGGGCUUGCGGCGUACGGGAUGGGUUCCGCCAAGCGGGUGGCGGAGCUCCUGAAGCACCGGAACUACAGCCAAACGAGGGGCUUUAUGCGGAGGAACGCCGAUUCGAUCCGGAGGGAGAUCGAGGCCACCACCGGGUACGCCACCACCGAGGCCGAAAAGCAGGAGAUCCUGGAUUCCAUUGCUGCCGAGAACGAGGAAGACGGCGAGGACGACAACAGCAACGACGACGACGACGACGACGACGACGAUAGCAACGAGGAGGCGUCCGGGGGGGGUGACGACGAGAGCGAGAGCGCAAAGCCAGCGAUGCCGCCGAAGCGCAACACGGGUUCGUGGUCGGUCGAGGAGCAGGAGGCUGCCGCCAGGGGCCUCGUGAUCCACGGGACGACAAACACAAAGGCGAUCGCGCAGAUGGUCGGAACCCGCAACACCGAUCAGGUCCGCCGCUACAUCGGUCGCCACUACCACAAGCUCCUUGCGAUGGGAACGAAUUCCGAGGAAUCGUCGUCCGACAGCUCCUGAGCCGCGAUGAGAACGAGACGAGACGAGGGAACCGAGCGAGGGAACCAAUCGCGAAAGCAAUCGCACGGUUUCUUGCUUGUGCAAGCUAAGUAUGUGUAAGGAUUUUGGAGUGCGACUGUGCACGAUGGGAAAUUUCGAAACCGAUGAAAAAAAAAUCUCGGAUGUCCGGAUGGAAGCAAAGAAACGAACGAACUAGCUAUGCCUAAACAGAUGCAAAAAUCGGUAGAGCCUAGAUUGUAAUUUGAUUCCAAUUUGAAUGGAUUAGGGUAAAAUAGGAGGCAAAUAGAUGAAAUCUAGUAAGGUUGGAUGAGAAGGGGUGGGAUUGGAUUGGAGUGGGAUGAACACGAAACCAACUAACUAAAAGCGACAUAAUGAGAGGCAGCCUCAGAUUUACCAUCGGUUCGAAGAGAAAGAAAUGUUUGUCGAAAACUGCCUUGCCUACGAGUGUUUUCAGUGUGCCUGUGUAUGUAUGUCUUGUAAUGGAAAAGAGAAUGCCUUUUAUGUCGUUCAGUUUGUUGGUUCUGUUGAAGUACUAGCAGUAUCUUUCUUUUCUUCUCUCGUGUAAUACAUUGAACGAAGAAAUAUUAAUACAUGUA